GUUUUACGCACGGUGAGGUGGGGAGCGCACACGCGCCGGGGGGUCGGUUCACAAAGAAGCUGAGCAGCGUGGGACCGGCCGUGUGCGCUCGGUCGGCGCUGUGAGUGACAGCGGCAGCUGCAGGGCUGGAAAGAAGAAUCAUCUCAUGGGACUGACCAGGGGGGCACACGAGGAGCACGCAUACCUCCAGAAACGCGGGGACGACACGGCCGCGAGCCCUGCGCCAGAGAGCUGCCGAGCAGCUGACGGUGGUGCGCGUCCACAUCCAGAGGAAGGUGAACCGGCCGCCUUCCAGGCCCGGACAUAUCCUGCAAGGCUGGAGGCUGCGCGCUCGUAGUAUGGGAGCGCUAUGUUGUCCAGAAAAGGACUCAUUCCUGAGGAUUACUUGCUGACACGUUUGGCCGAGGAUGUCCUGCAGCCCAAGUUCAAGGCGAAAGCCCGGAAGGCUCGGUUCGUGGCCAAGAACGGCACCUGCAAUGUGGCGCACACCAACAUCCGGGAGCAGGGCCGAUUCCUACAGGACGUGUUUACAACGCUGGUGGAUCUAAAAUGGUUCCACACCAUCAUCAUUUUCACCAUGUCCUUCCUGUGCAGCUGGCUGCUGUUCGGGAUGGUCUGGUGGCUCGUUGCCUUUGCGCACGGCGACCUGGAUCAGCGAGGAGACGACUUUGUGCCGUGCGUAAUGGACAUCCACUCCUUCUCCUCCGCCUUCCUCUUCUCCAUAGAGGUCCAGGUGACCAUCGGCUUCGGGGGGCGGGUGAUCACGGAGGAAUGCGUCUCCGCCAUCAUCAUCCUGAUCGUGCAGAACAUCGUCGGCCUGGUGAUCAACGCCAUCAUGCUGGGCUGCAUCUUCAUGAAAACGGCGCAGGCACACCGGCGCGCGGAGACGCUCAUCUUCAGCAAGCACGCGGUCAUCUCGGUCCGGAACAACAAGCUGUGCUUCAUGGUCCGCAUCGGGGACCUGCGGAAGAGCAUGAUCAUCAGCGCCACCGUGCGGAUGCAGGUGGUGAGGCGGAGCAGCACGCAGGAGGGCGAGGUGGUGCCUCUGGACCAGAUCGACGUCCACAUCGACAACCCGGUGGGCACCAACGGCAUCUUCCUGGUGUCCCCCCUCAUCAUCAGCCACGUGAUCGACAGGGCCAGCCCGCUGUACGAGCUGUCGGCCUCCGACCUGCUGCACGACGACCUCGAGGUGGUGGUGGUGCUGGAGGGCGUGGUGGAGACCACCGGCAUCACCACGCAGGCCCGGACCUCGUACGUGUCGGAGGAGAUCCUGUGGGGGCAGCGCUUCGUGCCCACCGUGUCCGAGGAGGACGGCAUGUACGCGGUGGAUUACUCCAAGUUUGGAAACACGGUGAAGGUCCCGACGCCGUGCUGCAGCGCCAAGACGCUGGACGAGGCAGGUGGGCUCGCGCGCUUCAAGCUGAACGACGGCGCCGCCGCGCGGCCGUCCGUGAGAAGGCGGCGCGGCGCCUCGGUGCUCCGCAGGUCCAGGAUGGACAGCCUGAGCCCCUGAAGGACUCCUCUAAUCGUUUUAUGGUUACUAUACGCAGUAGGUGAGCUGUAAUUAAUAGUCCUAAAGUGUGCGCGCGCAUCAACAUGCUUUAAAACUCAGGGUCAGUUAUGAAGAAGCACAAAGAAACAAAGCACUGAGGUGCACGUGGCUGUGAACAGCAUGCUCCACCCGUGUUCCGUUUUUAACGAGUGACUUGCAUGCAGCUGAAAUAGAAAGGUGAAUAUUUAAAGUAUUUUUACUGUAAGUUAAAAAUGUUCAAGGGGAACCGUAAACCACUCACUAGUAGAGGACAGUUGCUUUUGAGAGAUUAUUAAUCUGGUUGAUCAGAUCGCUUGAUUAUCUUCCUUUCAGACUGGGACACAUUUUUAAGGGGCAUGCAUU